AUGCAGAUUCUUGAUAGCUUGGGUUUGCACAAGACGAGUACGUGGCCUACCCUGCUGCUGGCAUGUGUCGCUGGAGUGUCUGCCUAUCAGACGAUCCCGCGCUUCCCUGGCGCUGCCCUCUCUCGAGGCCCAGCAUGCGGGUACCGGUCGGCCCAUCAGCUAACACCUCUGAGGGGGUUUUCGACCGAGUCCAGGAGGGUCGGGCCGAACCUGAGUAAACGAUGCAUGCAAAGUGUGCGGGGAAGAACUGGAGUCGCCAUGAUGCAAACCAACGACAAGACCGAGACAGACCGAAGAUUGCAAUCUGAAGAUGAGAACAGUCUGGAGAAUGCAAAGUUUCAGAGCUACCAAGGAGAAAUUUUCUGCAACCGAGCAUUGAACAUGAAGAGAAUCCGUGCGAUCGGGUUUGAUAUGGAUUACACUCUUGCCCAGUACAUACCGGAGACGUUUGAGAUCCUUGCGAUCCAUGGAGCGCUGGAGAAGCUCGUGAAGCACAUGGGAUACCCGGAGGAGAUUCUGAGCCUUCCGGAGUACGAUCCGAGCAUGUUCCAGCGAGGUUUGAUCAUCGACAAGGAGAGAGGCAACAUCAUCAAGAUGGACAGACAUCACUAUGUCAAGGUCGCCUUCCACGGGAUGCGCGCGAUGGAGAAGGAGGAGAGGCUGGCGGUGUACGGAAGUCAAAGUCAGAAGGACUUCUCGGACUCAGAGAACUUCGCCAACAUCGACACGCUCUUCUCGCUUCCCGAUGCGUUCAUGUACUCUCAGCUCGUCACCUUCGUUGACGACAAUCGCAACAAGUUUCCUGGUCUGCUCUCCAAGAGCUACAAGCAGAUCUACAAGGACGUGCGAAGGAGCGUUGAUCUGUGUCACCGGGACGGUGUGAUCAAGGACAAGGUCGCGCAAGACCCAGGCAAGUACAUCCAGUCAGAGCCUGGGAUAGUCGACAUGCUCCGCCGCUAUCGCCGGUCGGGACGGAAGGUGUUUCUGCUGACCAACAGCUUGUGGGACUACACGAAUGUAGUGAUGAACUUCAUCUGCGGGAACAUGAAGAAGGAGGACUAUACCCUCGACUGGCUCUCCAUGUUCGACCUCGUCAUUGUCGGAGCCAACAAGUUCGGGGGGAACUUCAAUCACCUUCAUUACUUCAUGAAGGAUACAGUCAACGCGGGGGAGCAGGUGAUGUACGUUGGCGAUCAUAUGUUCUCGGAUGUCAUCCGUGGGAAGCGAAGCUUGGGCUGGCGAACUGCUCUGGUGGUUCCUGAGCUCCAGCAUGAGGUUGACGUCAUGCUGCGAGAGAAAGUUCGCUCCAAGAGGAUCCAAGAACUCCGAGAGCUGAGAGACGAGCUGGACGAGUGGGUCGACCGUCUGUCGCUCCUACUGGUGUCGUGCGACGAGGAUGAAGCAUGCGCUCUCACUGAUCGCCGAGAGUCCAUCGCCUCCGAGCUAGAAAAGGCGAAGGAAGAGAUCCGGACAGUGAAGACAGUGUACGCCGAGGAGCUUCUUAUGUAUCACUCAGCUUUCCAUCCGGUCUGGGGGCAGAUGUUCAAGCCUGACGCCUCCAGGAGUCUCACGGGAUGGCAGUUGGAAGAGACUCCCAUCCGCCGCAUCCUACGAGCGAGAGCAAGAAACAUCGUCGAGUCGUUGGGAAGCAGCGAGUGA